AUGGCAGAUCGGUCGUCUUCUUCUUCUUCUUCUCCUCCUCCUCCUCCUCCACCACCACCUCAUCCACCCCGGCAAUUGUCGAGGACUCCGAAGCGUGUGCGCUGGGCCGACGAGAUUGGAGAGGCAGCAAACAGCGACUCCGAUUCACGAGAAGUUGUCUUCGAGGGCAGAGAAAGAAGGAAGGACAGCAACAAGAAGGAGAAGAAAAAGAAGAAAAAGAAGGAGAAAAAUACCAUUCCGCCGCCGCGCAAAGAUCCCCUCCACGCCGCCGACGAGGAAAACCCAUCUCCAGCAGCAGACGAAGAAGUCCCAGCACCCACCGAAACCUUCGAAGGCAAAGUCCUCGCCGAACGCAUCCUCACCCUCGUCUCCCCGCACGACCUCCUCAUCAACGUCUCCCGCGUCUGCCAACGCUGGAACGAAAUCCUCGCCACCUCAUCCAUUCUCCAACAAAAACUUUUUCUCAAACCCCAACCCGGUCCCACCGCUACUCUCCUCCUUGACGCCUUUUACACCAACAACAACAACAACAACAACAACAACAACAACGAAGAUAACAAUGGUCUCAACCACCACCACCGCACCUCCUACAAAUCCCUCCGCUUCGUCCAAUCCAACCACCACCCAGACCAACCUCCUCCCCGUCCCAUCCACGUCCACUCCAACCCCCUGAUGACCAAAACCCUCAUCAAAGAUCUCCUAGCCUGGGAAGGCUACCCUUCACCCUCAAGCCGCGCUACGCCAGGCUAUUCCCGACUCUCGAAAAGCAGAAAAGAGAUUUUGGGGGAAGGGGCGGCAAGUUAUUGUCAGAUGUUGGCUUUUCAGCCGCCGGUUGUGAAGGUGCAUUUUUUGGCGUUGGGAGAUGGGGGUACUUCGGAGGUGGAGGGGGAGGGGAAUAGGAGGAGAAAAGUGCAUGUGGUGGAGAGGAAAGAGGGGGUGUUGAUUUGGGAUUUGAUUUUGAAAAAGGAGUUGAGGGGGGAGUUUAGGUGGGUUGCGGUUGAGUGGGAGGUUUUGAGGAGGGGGAGGAGAGGUUGA